AUGCUCUUCUCUUAACAAUAGGAUUACAACCCUAGAGAUAUUUACUAACCUACUUCUUAGAGUUAUGGGGCUGGAAUAUUCAAACCUCAGAAUCAGCAAGCCUAUCAUAACCAAUAACCAAGAACUAGGGCAGAAAGAGACUAUUUAAAGGAAGUCAAUUCAUAAUAAGCUAUAAUGCAAUCAAGAUAAUUUGACACACCAUAAAAAGAAGACAUGAAAGCACUAUUACAUAGUCCAGCUCCAAAUACUACAUUAUUUUAAUAGGAAUAAGAACGAUUUUUAAAGGAUUUUGCUACUCACGACAAAUUGCAAAGGGAAUAUUAAAAUAAAUAAAAACAGUUAUAAUAUGAAUCGCGAAGAUUGGCUAAUUUAGAGAGAGAAGGCAUGAUUUGGUAGAGAAAUGAGCUUUAUCAAUAAAAAGAUGAUUUAAAAAGACAAUACCAUUAGGAGUAAUUUACAUAAGGCAAAAGAAAUUUAAAUGGAUUAGCAUACAACCCUUUGACAUUAGAGUAUGCUUAAAAUGAGUAGGGAUAAGCCUUAAAACGACAAGAUGAGAUGACUUAGGUUAGAUAGCUAGUAAGAGCAUAAAACUUAGAUAAUAGAGCUAAUUGUGGUUACAAUCUAUUAACAGGUGAGAAUCGUAAAGGAGUGGAAGACAUCGUGCCUGAUGAUCUUAGAGGCCAUUACUAAAAUAAAUUGCAGGAGAGAGAUAAUCAAUUAAAUAUUAAACACUAUGCUCUUUAGUAAUAAUUAUUAUCUAAGCAAUAUUGAAUUUGUUUUUAUGAUAUUAAUAUUAAAUAAAUCUAGG